AUGCUGUCGCGCUUCGCCUCGCCGACCGUCUCGGUCACGCUCUCCCAGGACAUCGUCUUCGUCCACGCGCUCGAGAGCCCUUUCCCGUCGCAGGACCCGGUCGUCCACGGCACCACCCUGAUCAAGCUCCCCUCGCGCAAGGCCAUCCGUCGAGUCAAGGUCGUCCUCGAGGGCCUGUGCGACGCGUGCGGCGGCGGCGCGCUGCCGUACGAGACGACGUCGGUCCUGUCCAAGUCGCUCGAGCACGACCUCGCCGGCGAGGUCUUCGAGGCGGGCAACCACGCGUUCAACUUUACCUUCAUCAUCCCGUCGUCGACGCCUGCAUCUCAGCGUAGCUGCUACGGCCGCACGCGGUACUACGUCAAGGCCCUCGUCGAGUUCGACGGCAUGCUCAAUGGCGGCGUCGUGUCGCCUCCUGUCGCCCUGUGGAUCUCGGCCAACCCGUCGCCGCCAGGCGAGAUCCCGUUCCCGCUCGACCUCAGCUUCCAGCACUUCUCGCCCGAUCUCGGUCCCGUCGGCGUCGGCAUCUCGUCGCCGCACCUCACCGUCGCCGCGCUCUGCAACGUUCGCCUGUCGCUCCUCGGUCCACCUAAGCCCGUCUCGAUCGUCUCGGUCGUCGGCGUCAUCACCCAGACCUUCACGGUCCACUAUCGGGACGGUACGGUCGCUCGCCCCAAGCCGAUGAACCUCACGCUCAAGAAGGUCGACCACACCGCGAGCCCGUCUCUGUCGGUCCCCAUCCACAACCCUGCGACCUGUAGCGUCGCACCAGGACCCGUCAUCGACCUCCCUCGUCAAGUCGAGCAGCCGAUCGUCAACCUGCCCUCGUUCCGGCCCGUCUCGACCUGCUGCACCAUCCACCCCGACGUCGACGUGCCCGACCCGACGCCUCUCGCACGCGUCGAGGCAGGGCAGGAGUUCCACCACUCACGCAUCUGCCGCGUACCGGACGACGACCACGUGCGCCCCUCGACGCUCGACGGCUCGCCCAAAACGGUCAUCCGCGUCUCGCACCAGCUCAGCGUCGAGGUUCGGUACCGCAAGGACGGUGACACCGAGGACAUGAUCCUCACGAUGGGCAAGCCCGUCACCAUCACGUCUUGCUGCUGCCUCGUCGACUCGCUCACCCUGCCGGCCUACUGCGCCAAGAAGCCCUCAAAGACGAUCAUCCGCCCGCUCGAGUCGCGCUGCGCGUGCAACAUGACGCUCAAGGAAUGCCUCGACCGCGACGGCGUCCUCCUCCAGCGCGCCGGCGUCCUCGACCCGCCCUCGUCCGAGGCUCGCUUCCUCGGCGUCGGCAGCGACGACAAGUCGCCGGCCUACACGGCCGCCGGCCACGACUACCUCUCGUCGGUCCCGAUCCAGCGCCGUGGCACGUUCGACAGCGGGUUCGAGGACGGUGGAGGUUAG